GGGCUCGACGAAAAUUUUAAGUGAGAAAGAAGAGCUGGGUUCCACGCGGCCCCCGGAGCCGGGCCUGAGAAUGCCCACGGGGCGCCGAGGCGGGGGCCGCGGCCCGGCCCGGGGCGGAGGCGGCCGCAAGUCCUUGUGAGCCGAGGCCGGAGCGCGCGGGGGGCGGGGAGGCAGCGGGAGGAGGGGAUGCGGAGGGCGCUCCCGCGGCGGCAGGCGGGCGAGAAGGGAGGAGCGGCGCGAGCGGCCGGAGCGGCGCAGGGCCCGAGGCGUGCAUGGCGCGCCCUGAGCCUGGCUCCCGCGGGCCCCCCCGGAGCGCCCCUGGGGCGCAGCGGCUUUUGGGCGGGCCCCUGCCGGCCGGCUGCCUCUGAGUCCCGGCCUUCGAUUUCUGGAUGCCGUGCUCCCCGGGAGAAGCCCGCCUGCGCUGGGGCAGAACGGCGGCAGCGCCGCGCCGGAUUCCGCCCUCUGCCUAGUCCUUCAGCACCCGGCCGCCGUGGGCCCGCCGCCGGCUGCGAGGAGCCUGGAGCUUGCGGAGCCGGCGCGACAGUCCUCCUGGGCCGGCGGGUCCGGGCCAGCUCCGCUUCGUUUUGCGGGGGGAGGGAGGCGAGAGGGGAAGGGCCGCGCUGCGGGAGCAGGUCCUCGCCCCCGCCCCCUGCGCGGACGCACUGAAGGCUCGGCUGGGCUCGGCUUUCCGCGGGGCCACGCUCCCAUUCUCGCCGCGGAAGGUGGGGGAUGCGGGCGACGGCCCCCCCCGGGCUCCAGGACCCUCCCCCCAGGGCUCCGGAGUUGUUGCUCCGCCUGCCGCCCCCUCCCCCGUCCUCUCCACCCUCCAUCCCACCUCCCCACCCCUCGUGAGAAAAUAAUGCUGGCUGGCGCUCGUACCUCCCAGUCGCUCCCAGUCCGCCGCGAGGAAAGGGCACCCGCUCGGUGUCCACGCCGGGACCCCCGCCGAGCCGCCCCAGCCGCCGCCGAGCCGCGCGUGCCCCUGGGUUCCGCUCAGGCUUAAUCUGCGAGCGCCGCGCCCGGGCAUUGGCAGCCCCGGGGAGGCGCCGCCUGCAAGGACACCUCUCCGUCCCGCCUCGUCCGCAACUCUGGUCCCUGUCGAGCUCGACGCGAGCCAGGAGUCCGGACGUCCCUCUGCGCGCGGCGCGGCAGCUCCGCCGGUCCCCGCGGCCCCCGCUGGGCGCCAACUCCACCUCGGACCUGGGACUCCCGACUCGGAUUCUCAGCCACUUCUUACCUCGGGGCUGUGCCUACCUCCCAGCUCGCCCUCCUUCUCCGCUCAGGACGGGGGUGCCAAGAUGCCCCGCUGCUGCGCAGGGCCCCGGGCCGCCCCCGACGAGUGACCCCAGCCUGGUCCCCCUGCUCGGCCGUCCGCCCUCCCCUUGGAGACCCCCGGCCCGGCCCCCGGGGGAGGAGGCAGAAGACGAGGCCGAGAGGGGGAUGUCCGGCUCCAAAAGCGUGAGCCCCCCGGGCUACGCGGCAUUGACAACGGCAGCACCCACAUCCCGGGGAAGCUCGGAACACCGCUCCGCGUGGGGAGCGGCCGAUUCCCGCGCCAAUGGCUACCCCCACACCCCUGGGGGUUCGGCCCGCGGCUCCACCAAGAAACCUGGGGGGGCGGUGACCCCGCAGCAGCAGCAGCGCCUGGCCAGCCGCUGGCGCCGCGACGACGACGGCGAGGAUCCUCCGCUGAGUGGCGACGACCCCCUGGCCGGGGGCUUCGGCUUCAGUUUCCGCUCCAAGUCCGCCUGGCAGGAGCGCGGCGGCGACGACUGCGCUCGCGGCAGCCGGCGGCAGCGACGGGGCGCGGCCGGCGGGGGCAGCACCCGGGCGCCCCCUGCGGGCGGCGGCGGCGGCUCCGCGGCCUCCGCGGCCGCAGCGGGAGGGACAGAGGUGCGCCCCCGCUCGGUGGAGCUGGGCCUGGAGGAUCGGCGGGGCAAGGGCCGUGCGGCCGACGAGCUGGAGGCCGGCGCCAUCGAGGACGACGAAGGGCCCGGGGAUGGUGGCAGCUUGGCGGGCGCGGGCGCGGGCCCCGGCGCGGUUCUGUCGCUGGGCGCCUGUUGCCUGGCGCUGCUGCAGAUAUUCCGCUCCAAGAAGUUCCCGUCGGACAAGCUGGAGCGGCUGUACCAGCGCUACUUUUUCCGUCUGAACCAGAGCAGCCUCACCAUGCUCAUGGCCGUGCUGGUGCUGGUGUGCCUCGUCAUGUUAGCCUUCCACGCGGCGCGGCCACCGCUCCAGGUGCCCUACCUGUCCGUGCUGGCGGCCGCCGUGGGCGCGAUCCUCGUGAUGGCCGUGCUCUGCAACCGCGCCGCCUUCCACCAGGACCACAUGGGCCUGGCCUGCUAUGCGCUGAUCGCGGUGGUGCUGGUGGUCCAGGUGGUGGGCCUGCUGCUGCCCCAGCCGCGCAGCGCCUCGGAGGGCAUCUGGUGGACCGUGUUCUUCAUCUACACCAUCUACACGCUGCUGCCCGUGCGCAUGCGGGCCGCGGUGCUCAGCGGGGUACUCCUGUCUGCCCUCCACUUGGCGAUUGCCCUGCACACCAACGCCCAGGACCAGUUCCUGCUCAAGCAGCUCGUCUCCAAUGUCCUCAUUUUCUCCUGCACCAACAUCGUGGGCGUCUGCACCCACUACCCGGCCGAGGUCUCCCAGAGACAAGCCUUCCAGGAGACCCGGGAGUGCAUCCAGGCGCGACUCCACUCUCAGCGGGAGAACCAGCAGCAGGAGCGGCUCCUGCUAUCUGUCCUUCCCCGUCAUGUUGCCAUGGAGAUGAAAGCAGACAUCAACGCCAAGCAGGAGGAUAUGAUGUUCCAUAAGAUUUACAUCCAGAAGCAUGACAACGUGAGCAUCCUGUUCGCUGACAUCGAGGGCUUCACCAGCCUGGCGUCCCAGUGCACUGCCCAGGAGCUGGUCAUGACCCUCAACGAGCUCUUCGCCCGCUUCGACAAGCUGGCUGCGGAGAAUCACUGUUUACGUAUUAAGAUCCUGGGGGAUUGUUAUUACUGCGUCUCGGGGCUGCCUGAAGCGAGGGCUGACCAUGCCCACUGCUGCGUGGAGAUGGGCAUGGACAUGAUCGAGGCCAUCUCGUUGGUCCGGGAGGUGACAGGGGUGAACGUGAACAUGCGCGUGGGAAUUCACAGCGGGCGAGUACACUGCGGUGUCCUUGGUCUCAGGAAGUGGCAGUUCGACGUCUGGUCUAACGACGUCACACUGGCCAACCACAUGGAGGCUGGAGGCAAGGCUGGACGCAUCCACAUCACCAAGGCCACACUCAACUACCUGAACGGGGACUACGAGGUGGAGCCAGGCUGUGGGGGCGAGCGCAACGCCUACCUCAAGGAGCACAGCAUCGAGACCUUCCUCAUCCUGCGCUGCACCCAGAAGCGGAAAGAAGAGAAGGCCAUGAUCGCCAAGAUGAAUCGCCAGAGAACCAACUCCAUCGGGCACAACCCGCCACACUGGGGAGCCGAGCGCCCCUUCUACAACCACCUGGGCAGCAACCAGGUGUCCAAGGAGAUGAAGCGGAUGGGCUUUGAAGACCCCAAGGACAAGAACGCCCAGGAAAGUGCAAACCCCGAGGAUGAAGUGGACGAGUUUCUGGGCCGUGCCAUUGACGCCAGGAGCAUUGACAGGCUGCGGUCUGAACAUGUUCGCAAGUUCCUCUUGACCUUCAGGGAGCCUGACUUAGAGAAGAAGUACUCCAAGCAGGUGGACGACCGAUUCGGUGCCUACGUGGCGUGUGCCUCGCUCGUCUUCCUCUUCAUCUGCUUUGUCCAGAUCACCAUCGUGCCCCACUCCGUGUUCAUGCUGAGCUUCUACCUGACCUGUUUUGUGCUGCUGACCUUGGUGGUAUUUGUGUCCGUGAUCUACUCCUGCGUGAAGCUCUUCCCAGGCCCCCUGCAGACCCUCUCCAGGAAGAUCGUGCGGUCUAAGAUGAACAGCACCCUGGUCGGGGUGUUCACCAUCACCCUGGUGUUCCUGUCGGCUUUUGUCAACAUGUUCAUGUGCAACUCCCAGGACCUGUUCGGCUGCCUGGCAGAUGAACACAACGUCAGCACCAGCCAGGUCAACGCGUGCCAUGUGGUGGAGUCCGCCUUCAACUACAGCCUGGGGGAUGAGCAGGGCUUCUGCAACAGCCCCUGGCCCAACUGCAACUUCCCCGAGUACUUCACCUACAGCGUGCUGCUUAGCCUGCUGGCCUGCUCCGUGUUCCUGCAAAUCAGCUGCAUUGGGAAGCUGGUGCUUAUGCUGGCCAUCGAGCUCAUAUACGUGCUCGUCGUCGAGGUGCCCGGUGUGACGCUCUUUGACAAUGCCGACCUUCUGGUCACCGCCAAUGCCAUAGACUUCAACAACAACGGGACCUCCCAGUGCCCUGAGCACUCGACCAAGGUGGCGCUGAAGGUGGUGACGCCCAUCAUCAUCUCAGUCUUCGUGCUGGCCCUGUACCUGCACGCCCAGCAGGUGGAGUCCACCGCCCGCCUUGACUUCCUCUGGAAACUGCAGGCCACGGAGGAGAAGGAGGAGAUGGAGGAGCUGCAGGCCUACAACCGGCGGCUGCUGCACAACAUCCUGCCCAAGGACGUGGCCGCCCACUUCCUGGCCCGGGAGCGGCGCAACGACGAGCUCUACUACCAGUCGUGCGAGUGCGUGGCCGUCAUGUUCGCCUCCAUCGCCAACUUCUCCGAGUUCUACGUGGAGCUGGAGGCCAACAACGAGGGUGUCGAGUGCCUGCGGCUGCUCAACGAGAUCAUCGCCGACUUCGAUGAGAUCAUCAGCGAGGAUCGGUUUAAGCAGCUGGAAAAGAUCAAGACCAUCGGCAGCACCUACAUGGCUGCCUCCGGCCUUAAUGAUUCCACCUACGACAAGGUGGGCAAGACGCACAUCAAAGCUCUGGCCGACUUCGCCAUGAAGCUGAUGGACCAAAUGAAGUACAUCAACGAGCACUCCUUCAACAACUUCCAGAUGAAGAUUGGGCUCAAUAUCGGCCCCGUGGUGGCUGGGGUGAUCGGGGCCCGCAAGCCUCAGUACGACAUCUGGGGCAAUACGGUGAACGUGGCCAGCCGCAUGGACAGCACCGGUGUGCCAGACCGCAUCCAGGUGAGUGCAAGAGCGUCCACCACCCGCCACCCCAACAUCGGGGCCUCUGUCUGGUGCUUGGUCUUUGGGGCAGGCCGCCCACAGUUUCCAGUCAGAAUUUCAUUUGAGAGUGAUUGGGUGGUUGGCACUGACGUCUUUGAAGCUUGGAGAACACGACUGGGUACAAGCUGUCAGCACCUUGGACAGAUCCUCAGGCCUGUGCGGAGCCCUCGGCUGCCACAGAAGGAAUGAGAGGGCAUAGCCUGGCCAGGGACCCGACAUUUCCUCCUCCCACGGCCUUUGUAAGCCGCUGCUUGUGAUUCCCAGGCCCGCUGUUCUUCCUCUGCGUUUCUUUGUUUUCCUCAGGGCUUUCUUGAUUCGUUCUGCUUCAAUCUGACAGCAGAGAAGCCUGGACUGGGCUCUAGUCCUGCACCCCACCUUCCCAUACCCCAGUUCUCUGUGAGCUGUGGGCAGGCCCCUUAGCUUCCCUGGCCUCCGUUGUCUCAAAUGCUAAUGGAGCUUGUUUUAUGGCUUCUGCUCACACUGACACCACUCAUAUGUCCCCUAACGUCUCUUUCCUGCGGGGACUCUGAACACAGGGGUUGGCUCUGAGCAUGGCCCUGGCCAGCCCAGCCGGCCUGCUGUCUGAGGGGCCUGGCCAAUGGCCUCCCCCUCCAUCCCUGUGCCAAGGGAGAAGUGAUAGCAGAUGGGAACUGAGGGUGGUGAGGGGAGAUGAGGAGAGAGGAACGUGUGUUUGCAGAGCUCCUGACCUCACCCAUGACAGGUGUGAGCGAUGCUGUCGGCAACCACACAAUAAUCCAGCACCUCUGCUGGCAAAGGGCCUCGCCAUUGGCGAAUACACGUGGUGACACGGCAGGGUCACCCCCCGGCAGCCCACCCAGAGGUUUCUGGCCCCGUCCUCCCUGGCCUGGUGGCUGGGCUGGGCCGGGACACUUGCCGGGGAGUUGCCGCUGGCUGGCGGAGGCAUGCUGGCCGUUCUCAGAAAUGGCUCUUGGAUCACCUUGUGAGGCAUUGGUCCUCUGCUGCUCCCGUCACCCCCUCCUCCCCCUCCCCCUGCGCAAGGGUAGUGUGAUGGCCGGAGCCGCCUGUGAGUUCUCCUCUUUGUUCCAAAAGCUGAAGGAGAGACGGGAGGUGCGCCACGAACUGAGCCCGGCCCUGCCCGGCCUAGCUGCGUGUCCUCAGGCAGUGACUCCGAUGUUUUGAGCCUGAAAUCAUAGUACUUCACUCACAGGGUCGGUGAGGUCAGCAUCCUCACCCUCCCUGUGGGUCACCUAGAAUACUUCUGCUCUGUCCUGGAGGGAGACCUUGGAAAAUGCCCCAGGCAGGUGCGUGGUUGGGUCGGAAGUUCCUCCCACCUACAGCCUCUGCACUUCUCACGUGGACGACGGCCACGCUGAGCGGCACUGCCAGGGCACAGGAGGCUCGCCGCUGCUGGCACAGCACGGAGAGGCACUUUCCUGGGCGAGCAGUGUCCGUCCCCGAGAGCCCGGGCCAGGGAGAUGCCCCGCCCGCCCUUCUGUAUCAAAGGCAGCUCUGCCCGCGGGCGGAUCCACGGCUCCGGUCGUGGAUGGCCUGUCCUCCCUCCUCCUUUGC